ACAAACAAUUAAGUAUCACAUUUAAGCAUAACUUUGGAACAGGUUAAAAUUUUUCUCUGAAAUUUUACCAUGUGUAGAAUGCGGAGAACUAAAAAUAAUGAGCAUCACAACAUUCACCGGAAGAAUCCAAGUGUUCAUACAUAACUUUUGAGUUACCUGGUUUAAAAUAGUUUUAAAAAAUCGGGACAAAUUAAAUCAACACGCUUAAAUUCUGCAAAAAUCGAACACAUUUUACAUGCCCGGAACCCCUUUACUCGGUCGGAUACAUAAAUCAUCAGAAAGUAAACUCAUGUCGAUACCAAGCACAAGGCGCUGACGUAACCCACAUCCUGACCAGUUCGGUUUAUAAAUAUGUACGUGUCUCAUGUAGUGAUCCUCUAUUUCUGCAGAGGACGGAGGAAACUCUACAUCCUGGGAACUUCCAAUUAUUGGAUCAAAAAUGGCACAUGACACCCAUGAUGAUGCGUCAAACCCAAAAAUCACUUCACCCAUGAACGUUCACAUCGUCACUGCCAUAUGUUCCUGGCUACCCGUCCCUGACCUGAAGCAGUGCCGCCUCGUUUCGCAAAUGUGGAACGAUGGAGCCAUUCCCAUCCUCAAAAAAUUGUCCGCAGUCCAAAUAAAGUGCAACCAUACUGACCAGAAUUACCGGAAUGCCAGACUCUUUACUGGACUUUCCUCCCUCGGCAUGCCCGACAACGUCGAAGUCAUCAUUCAAGAUAGGACUGAGUUUCCCUGGCACCUGAAUAGUGACAUUUGGGGAAAGGAAUUUGCCAAUCUCGUUUUCUCCGGGGGUGCAUUGCCCUUAAAAAAGUUGACACUUCGCGGGAAUAUUGACACCAGUGGGAAGGCGGUCUUUGUUCAAAAACUACUUAAAAAUUGUGCUAGAAAUUUGACUCAGUUAAAUCUUAGCCUUAUUUACGAGCCUAAUGAUAAAAGGUUAUUGUUCCGUGAGCCAGUUGCUGUAAAGCAAUUCGAUUCUGUUAAAAUAUUGGACUUAUCCUGCAUUAAUUUUAAUUCGGAUUUCGGUUUGGAUGCCCACAAAGUGCAAUAUCUUGGUCAACUGAUGGCCGUGUUCCGGAAGUUGGAAGACUUAACGGUGGACAGCGGACAGACUGAAUUCCUUGUACAAAGGACAGAUUUAAUUCCAAGAACUGUUGUCAAACUCCAAAUUUCUGGACGAACCUGGACAGACGCGUUAAACGACUUGUUACAAAUUACUCACCUCACCUUAAGAAGCUUGACCCUCAUACAAAUGUAUUUUCGCCGUGACGAGGACGACCUGCAGGCCGACGCUAGCGUGGCAUUGUACAACCUACUCUCACGACAUUGUCGGACAUUGGAAUAUCUCACUUUGGAACUGGUAAACUUGCCAUCGCCAACAAGCGUGUGGAGAUUACCUAUUUUUCGCAACCUGAAACGAUUCAAUUUCAAAUAUCCUCAAAAUUUUGAGAUUUCUUUCGAAACGGGAGACUCCAAUUUUUCUACGACGUUCCCACAAAUUAGAGAGUUCUGUUUAACUUAUGCUUGGAAGUGGUGGGGUUCCUGGGAACCCUGCUCCAAUUAUUUGUUGAGCGAUGGGAUGGUAUGCGGAAGUCUGAAACAUUUCGAAAUUAGGGAUAAAGGCAUUAAUAAAGUAUCCCAUACAAUUGAAAUUCUCAAUCACGGGGUGGACAUUGAUGCCAAGUAUGCCAGAGUUUUUAAAAUGUUUCCAAACGCGGAUAAUAAAUUUGUGCAGAAUUUGAGAAAGUAUUUUAUCAACGAGGGGACAGUAAACUAAUGCAGUGAUACUUUAAUAGAUUAAUGCUAUUUAUACAAACGUGUCUGCUUACACAAAAAUUUGUUAGAGUCAUGUUACCAAAAAGUUACCACGCUUCAUAACGAAUAUUCGCCAAAUUUUAUAAGAGUUUACAGAAUUUAAGAAUUUCUCGAUAUUAUGUACAAAGGCCUACGUGAAUUUCCUCAAGAUUUUCAUGACGAUUAUUAUAAAUAUUGUACAAAAUUAUGUACUGGAAAUAUUGGCAUUUUAUUAAAAAAAGGUUUUCGCACAC